UCACGUGGUCGUCCAGUAUUCGCCAUGCGGUCUAUUAUAUUUAUUUGGUGGCUUCUCGUUACAGUGCAGUGCUCUAUAAGAACUGAUCAGCAAUACUGGAAGGAUUUAGCUAAAAAGGAGCUGAAGGAAGCUCUAGGAGUCAAAUGGAACCAAGGAAGAGCGAAAAAUAUUAUCAUAUUUAUUGGAGAUGGGAUGGGACCUAACACAGUGACAGCAACAAGGAUAUAUAAAGGUGGCGAAAGUCAUAGAUUAACUUACGAAUUAUUCCCGCAUGUAGGCUUAUUGAAAACCUAUGCAGCUGACAAAAUGGUGCCAGAUUCAGCUUGUACUGCAACAGCCCUGUUAUGUGGGAUGAAGGUCAACUCGGAUACUGUAGGAGUAGACGCCAGCGUGAAGCGUAAAGACUGUCUAAGGUCAUUAGAGCCUGAAGUCAGACUGAAAUCAAUAGCAGCUAUCGCGCUCGAAUCGGGGAAAAGUGCAGGUUUCGUAACGACCAUGCGUGUGACCCACGCAACCCCCAGUCCCCUAUACGGCUACAGCGCAGACCGUACUUGGGAAUGCGACGCGAAUAUUCCACCAACAGCGGCGAAGUGUAAAGAUCUCGGUCGUCAGCUUAUAGAGGACUGGCCUGGAAGAGAUCUCAAUGUGAUCUUAGGAGGAGGACGACUGUCUUUAGUAUCCAACAAAACUGAAACUCCUAAUGAAUCUACAACUACAGAUAUUCCCAGAAAUAAAUGGGUUUGUGUAAGGCAAGAUGGAUUAAAUCUAAUAGACAAAUAUAAGAAAAAUAAAGAAAUGCGGGGCCAAAAAUAUGCAUAUGUAUCCAAUUUGACAGAAUUACAAAGUUUUAAUGCGAAUGAAACUGAUUAUCUUCUAGGGAUCUUCUCUGAUAGCCAUUUAGAUUAUGAAUAUGAACGGAACUCAGGACCCGCUGGAAUGCCAUCAAUAUCAGAUAUGGUAAUAGCAGCGAUUAAUGUUUUGAAGAAAAAUGAAGAGGGAUUCUUUCUUAUGGUGGAAGGUGGAAAUAUAGAUAUGGCUCAUCACCGUGGACGAGCGAAAGUAGCAAUAGAGGAAUCUGCCGCCAUGGAGGAGGCUGUCAGGGUCGCAGUUGCCAUGACUGAUGAGAAAGAUACGCUAUUGAUCGUAACCAGCGACCACACUCACACGUUGAACAUCAACGGAUAUCCGAAUAGAGGGUCUAACAUAUUCGGAAUAGCUGGUACUUCGCCCCACGAUGGUAUCAAUUACACCACCCUAUCGUAUAGUACUGGAGGACCCAGUUCGUUCAAAUAUUAUGUCGACAAAAAUGAUAAGAACCAGACGACAGUGGUAAGGCAAGACCCUAGCCUGGAACAGACUAAUAAUGUUUACUAUAAGCAAAAUGCUGGCAUUGUUUUAGAUGAAAACAGUCAUGGUGGCGGUGACGUCAUAAUUUAUGCUAAAGGUCCUCAUUCCCAUUUAUUCCACAAUAUACAUGAACAGCAUUAUGUUUACUAUGCUGUAUUAUAUGCAUCAAAAAUGGGACCUUAUGCAUCGUCUAACGCAUGCAAUCCUACUUUUUUGGGAUUUCUUAUACUUUUUGUAUUACUGUUCUUGCUUAUACAGUAGAUUUAACAUUAAAGAUAUCUCAAUAUAGAAA